AGCUCGUCGCCUGGUGCCAUUUGCUGUUGGGUCAGCGCACCAGACGCAGUCUGCGUCCUGCACGUGCAGCCGUUUAAGUCGCGUCAGCGCCUGUGAGGACCCCGGGAGAGCAAGCCGCGGAGAGGUACAAUUCUGAUCUCUGAUUCUGACUGAGCCUAAAUGUGCAUGUUUGUAUUUUUAUAAAAACUGAACUGGAAGCUGCCAUGGGAGAUGAAGAUUGGGACGCAGAAAUAAUGAACACUCAUAUGUCUUCCUAUGUUCCUGUAUUUGAGAAGGAUAGGUAUUCUUCUGGAGCAAAUGGAGACACUUUUAAUAGGACUCCGGCUUCAUCAUCAGAAAUGGGUGAUGGAUCGUCUCGAAGAGAUCAUUUCAUGAGAAGUGGAUUUGCCUCUGGGAGGAGUUUGGGAAACAGAGAUCCUGGUGAGUCUAAUAAAAGAGAGAAUACGUCCAGAGCAGGUGGUUUUGGAGUUGGAAAGAGUUUUGGAAACAGAGGUAAUCUGCUUAUGAUGUCUUUCAGUUGAAACUUAAGUGAUACC